CCACCACCACCUUCUGUCUCUUUCUUGCUCUCGGAUACUAACGUAAAGCAGCUAGAAGCUUUUGGAUACUUGGACAUGGCUGGUUUUCCAAGAGCUGCAUGUAUUUCACUCUCUCUGCUAUGUGUCCUCUUCUUCAGCUUCUCAGAAGCUAGAGACCAUUUGGUCGGUGGCAAAACAGAUGCGUGGAAGAUCCCUUCUUCUGAAUCCGACUCUCUCAAUCAAUGGGCUGAAAAGUCUCGUUUCCUUAUUGGCGAUUCGCUUGUGUGGAAGUAUGACAGCAGUAUAGAUUCAGUGUUACAAGUGACCAAGAGGGACUAUGUGACCUGCAACACUUCUAGUCCCAUAGAAGCAUACAAAGAUGGGAAUACCAAUGUGAAGCUGGACCGUUCAGGACCUUUCUACUUCAUCAGUGGAUCCGAGGGACAUUGCGAGAAAGGCCAGAAAUUGAUUGUGGUGGUCAUGUCCGAGAAACACCGGAGAUUCAUUGCCAUUUCUCCGGCUCCUUCUCCAGUGGAGUUCGAGGGUCCGGCCAUUGCUCCGGCAAGUGGUGCUACUACCUUAAAGGGCAGUUUGGGGGUGACGCUGGGAGUGAUAGUAGGAGUUGUGUUGAUGUGAGAUUGGUUAAUUAGUUUAUUGGAUGAUAAUGAUGGUUUAGUCUAAAUAUUUGUCGAUGACACACAGGCAUUUCUGUUGGGGUCAAUUUUUUUGUGGGGUCUUAUUUCUGGACUCGAAUCAUUGUGUAUUUGAGAUUAUAUACAGCAAUAAUAUGAAUUAUUUUUUCUUUUCUGGUC